AUGAUUGUGAUUUUAGUAUAUGUUGAUGAUCUUUUGAUAACUGGAAAUAGCUCCAGAAUGGUUCAAGAAGCCAAAGACACAUUACACAAAAAUUUUAAAAUGAAAGACUUGGGAAGCCUCAGAUAUUUUUUGGGGAUUGAAAUCUUGAAGUCCAAAGAAGGGUUGUUAUUGAAUCAAAGAAAGUAUGCUUUACAACUAAUCUCAGAGGCUGGAUUGAGUGGAGCAAAGACUGUAAGCACUCUUUUAGAAUUCAAUCAAAAGUUGACUAGUGUAGAGUUUGAUCAACACACUGGUGGAUCUGAUGAUGCAGAGCUAGAAGAUGUUACAGCAUACCAAAGAUUGAUUGGUAAAUUGCUGUAUUUGACAAUUACCAGACCUGACAUUUGUUUCAGUGUUCAAGUUUUGAGUCAAUUCAUGCAGCACCCUAAGGUUUCACAUUGGGAGGCAGCAUUAAGGGUAGUAAGAUACAUAAAAAGAUCCCCAGGACUUGGAGUAAUGCUUAGAAGAGGUACAGGGGUUACAAAACUCACAGGAUACUUUGACUCAGAUUGGUCAUCAUGUCCAAACACAAGAAGGUCAACAACUGGAUACAUGGUAAAGCUUGGAGAUUCUCUUAUUUCGUGGAAAUCAAAGAAGCAGCAGACAGUAAGUAGGAGUUCAGCUGAAGCAGAGUAUAGAAGUCUGGCAGCUCUUGUUGCUGAGCUGAUCUGGUUAGCAGGUUUACUUAAUGAAUUACAUUUUUCAGGUGCCACUCCAAUUUCAGUGUUCACAGACAGCAAAUCAGCCAUUCAAAUAGCUGAGAAUCCAGUUUUCCAUGAGCGUACGAAACACAUCGAUAUUGAUUGUCAUUUCAUUCGAGAAAAGGUGAAGUCAGGGUUCAUUGACAUUCAACAUUUGUCCACUACCAUGCAGCCUGCUGAUAUUUUGACAAAGGGGCUAGGGGCCAAUCAACAUCAUCUCCUCAUGACCAAACUUGGUGUGCUAGAUGUCUUUCACCCUUCAGUUUGA